AUGUCUAACUAAGUGGAAUAAAUCAGCGUCGAGCAACACUCAAAAUACGUUCUCGAAAAAGUUCUUGUUGAAAUAAAUGCUGGAUUGGCUUCCGAAAACAUUUCAGUCAAAAAAUAAUCUGCUACUGCCUUUAAAAUUGAGAAGCUUUAUUGUGAUUCCACAAAGAUUAUUUCUGUGGUUAUGCCAUCUAAAUCUGAAUCUCUUUUUGAGACUGAUGAUGAAGAUGAUGACUUAGAGUGCAGUAAGAGUAUCAAAAAUGAAAAUGAAGACAUUGACGAUGUUGAAUGCCACCAAAACAAGAAGUCGAAUGCGAGCUGCAAAGAAAGGACCUCUUCUCCUAACCAAAUUACAAACAAUCUCACAAAUAAUUUGCAGAAGUCUGUCAUUAAAGAAGUUAUUAAGCCUAAUAACUUAAGUGAAAGUGACUUUAAAAAGGAAGGAGGCUAAUAUUAGCUCCUUCUGAACGAAUUCAUGGUCAGCAAGAUGAUCCCUAAACACAAAAAUAUCCUAAAACCUUAUUACUUUGAAGAAUACAAUGAAGGUGCUUGCCUUGUGAUGCCUUUUGCUGCUUUUGGAGAUGCGGAUAUGCUUUCUAAGUGGUAACAUAAUAACUUUAAGAAUAUUCAAAUGUACAGCUCAGAAUUACAUAAAUUACGUUGUAGUUCUUAAAGCUAUGAAUAUCAACAGCCUCACAUCCAAGAAAAAAUUGAAAAUUAAUGUGAAUACUUAGAAAAGUUGAUAAAGGAAGAAAUCAUUCAAAAGCAACUUGGUACUUGUGUGAAUGUGAUUAGGGUGCUUGCCAAGUAAAUCGGCGAGGCACUUUAUCUCCUCCAUAACAAGUAUGAUAUCGCUCAUAAUGACAUCAAGCCUGAUAAUUUAUACAUUUCUGAAUUUAACAUCAAGUAAAAUAAGUAUAAUUUCAAGCUUGCUGAUUUCGGCUAUGCAAAGAAAGGCUAAUUUUAGUCUCAUAAAGAAUCCUUUGAGUUUUUCAAUCGCAAAAACAAGCGUUUCUUUUCACCUGAGUUGCUCUAUCUAGUUGACGGAUAGCUUGAAGCUAACUAAACUAUUGUCGAUCAAAAGAAGUGUGAUGUUUAUGCCUUGGGUCUUUCUCUUUAUGAAAUCUUAGUUGGUGGCUUCUUUCCUUUCAAAGAUGAUUUAAAUGAUCCCUUGUACAUCAAAUACUUGAACAAAACAAUUUCCAUUAAAGAUUUAAUGUAAUGGUUCUACUAAUACUUCUCUAAAGUAACAAGUGCUGACUAGAUGAUUGACCUCCUCUCCCACAUGAUGGAUCCUAACCCCUCAACUAGAUAUAGCAUCACAUAAGUUCUCUAACAUCCUUGGUUAAAGUCCUUUAAGCUAAGCAGCUCCAAAAAGUAGCCUAUCAUCAACUCUCUUUCUAAGUUUGAAUCUGACUACUGA